AUGAAAUUGGGGGCUAUAUUCGUAAAUAGCAAUGUUUUGGACGAUUUGGAUGUAAUUGCGUUCCCCCAAACUCACUCCAUCUUCAAAAUCGCAAUCGCCAUAGAAGCGGGUAUGAGGAGUAUGGACACCGCAGCUGCAACUUCCGGCGUUCUUCCUCCGACGAUGGUCGUGAAAACCGUGCGGGUGGAGAUAAAGGGACGCGUGCAGGGUGUAGGGUUCCGAGAUUGGACGAUGGAGAACGCAGAGGAUCUUGGCCUACGGGGCUGGGUAAGGAACCGGAGGAAUGGCUCUGUUGAAGCCCUCUUCUCCGGAAGCCCAGAAAAAGUAGAGGAGAUGAUCGACCGGAGGUGCAGGAUCGGCCCUCCCGCCGCCGCCGUCACUGCCGUUACAUCUUUCCCGUCGAACGAGGAUCCGGGCCUGGAUUUCCGCUGCAAAAACACUCUCUAAUGUUUGAUUCUCUCUG